AUGUCUUCGACCAAGGAUGAUACCAAAGGUGAAAUCACCAACGUCAAGGAGGAGCAGCAUGCAGAAUUGUUGGAGCAGGCAAAGAUCGCCACUCACAUCGAGCACUCGUUGGGGGUCAUCGAAGCCGUUAAACUAUACCCCAUGGCGGUCUUCUGGGCGACGUUAUUUGCGUGGUCAUUGGUCAUGGUUGGCUAUGACUCAGGCUUAAUUUAUAGCUUCUACGCACUACCCGCAUUUAUCAAGAAAUAUGGCACGAACUACGGAGGCGACAUUGGCUACGAGGUGUCGGCGAAAUGGCAGAACGUCCUCGGCAUGGGAACGCCCGUAGGUCAGUUCCUCGGAGCCUUUACAGCUUCAUGGCCAAUGGAACGAUGGGGCCGAAAGAAAGUCUUCUGGGGAUCCCUCUUUUUCAGCACCGCUUUCAUCUUUCUUCAGAUGUUUGCAAACAACAUCCAUACCUUGGCGGCAGGAGAAUUCCUCGCCGGUAUCCUUUACGGCACCUACGUCGUCCUGGCACCAACAUACGCGUCCGAGGUGUGUCCCUUGGCUCUCCGCGGGAUUCUCAAUGCCGGAAUGAAUCUCGCCUAUGUUAUUGGACAGUUUGUUGCUUCCGGGGUCGGCAAAGGGUUCUCGGAAAGGAUUGACCAAUGGGCAUACCGCAUCCCCUUUGCCAUCCAGUGGAUCUGGAUCCCCAUUCUAGCACUAGGUCUCUUCUUUGCUCCGGAGAGCCCUUGGUGGCUGGUGCGCAAAGGCCGCGUCGACGAGGCCGAGAAGGCUUUGAGACGACUCGCCCGGGAGUCGCCCAAGGUCGACAUCAAAGCCACGCUCGCAAACAUCGAAGCGACUACGAUGCACGAGAUCGAAGUGGAAAAGGACACAACCUUUUUCGAAUGCUUUCGAGCAUCGAGUCGUGCUCGCACCGAGGUCGCCAUCAUGGUCCAGAUUUUCCAGGUCAUCACUGGCAUUUCCCUGAUUGGCUAUGCCGUUUAUUUCUUCACCCUGGCCGGCCUGCCAGUCAGCGCUUCUUUCGACAUGGGUGUCGGCAACACGGCGAUUGGCUUCGUGGCCACUUGCUGCUCCUGGGUCUUCAUGUCCUUCUUCGGCAGGCGGACCAUCUAUAUGUAUGGUGUGGGGAUGAUGGCCGUCUCUCUUUUCAUCAUUGGCAUCCUAGACUGCGUUCCGCAUUACACCUCGCGCCCAGGUCUGGCCUGGGCACAAGCCGCCCUGCUCGACAUCCUGACAUUCCUGUUCCAGGGGACGGUGGGACCCAUCAACUUUGUCAUCUUCGCAGAGAUCGGCGCAACUCGUCUGCGGUCGCAAACAGUCGCUUUGGCCACGAGCAGCGGCUCCAUCGCCCAGAUCAUCAUGACCGUCGUGGUUCCGUACAUGCUUAAUGCCUCCUCGGGCAACUGGAGGGGUAAAACCGGGUUCUUCUUCGGCGGGCUCAGCACCAUCGCCACGAUCUGGUGUUUCUUCCGCCUACCCGAGACAAAGGGACGUACGUACGAGGAACUCGACUACAUGUUCGAGGCCGGGGUUCCGGCGCGGAAAUUCAAGGACUUUAAGAUCCCCGAGGGACGAGAAGUCGAAGUUUGA